ACUGGCAGUGUUACCAACACCACAGAACAUUCGUGUUCAUUCAUUAAAUUUCAAGAGUAUUUUGUUGUGGGAUCCAGUAAUAUUGGAGAAUGAUACAGUCAAGUACAAUGUAUCUUACGAAAGCCACGAUUGGGCCCCCUCGACAGGUGCAGUUAGAGUCGAGAUCUGGUGCACUGCAUAUAUUUAUACAUGAUCCUGUGAAUGAAAGUGAGAAUCGGAGUGUGCGAUUUCUGCCUGUGGAGCUUAAGUACAUGGUACAUUAUUGGGUGAAGAACACCGAAAAGAAGCAGAGUUUUGAAACAACAGCUUCUAUAGCUAAGCUGGAUGAUGUAGAAGCCCAGGCAACUUACUGUGUACAAGUGGUCACACUCUUUCGAGUAUAUGUGGAAGAUUUUAGAAAAGGAGGUUCCAGUGUUCCCAGAUGUAUCACAGUUUCAACAUCAGAAGACAGCUUUGGAUACCUUUUUGUGCCACUCGUUGCUUUUUUAUUAACAAUUGCACUUACAGCCGUUGGAGUUUUUCUUUUUAUUAAAUAUUUUCGACAUAAUGUUAAGCAAAUCUUCCAUCCUUCUCACAGAAUUCCUCCACACAUAGAAGAGUUUUUGCAGAAUCCAGAACAGUAUUACAUAUCCUCAAAGCUGGAAGAAACUGUCAGUGUUCCAGAGCAGUUUGAUUCGUUGUCAUUUAUUUCGGAUCGGGAUUGAAGGAUAAUUUGUACGUGUAUGUUCAUUGCGGAUCUGGAGAUGGAUGAACCAAAAGUUUACAAGCAGUGAACUCUCAGAUCUGUUUUUGAACAGCUGCAUAUAACACUAAAGCAACUGAAUUAAAAAAUUCUGUAAGUCUGAGUAGUGGAAAUUCAUCUCUAUUUUAACACUCCAAACUGUCUUCAUAUGCAGAGCCUUCAUCUUGCUAUACAAACUCGAGUUCCAUGUACUUGUCAAAAGAAAACUCUGGCAUCUUUCAGCAAAAACCUCUUUGGCAAUAUUGAUCCUGCUGUACAGCACUUGGACAGUUUGAUAACCUAACAAAGCACAAUGUGCAGAUAGCCAGAGAGUAUCGUGGCAUCCCACGGGUUUUUGCCACUGCUAAGUAUCCUGCAAUGUGGUUACAUGUACUCACUUAAGCACCUUAGAAGAGUGGCUGACAGUACAUGCAUAUGAUCUGUUUAUCAUUUGUAAGCACAGAAGAUACAGACAUAAAAUGUCAUGAAGCUAAUGCACUUUGACAUGGCCUAACAGUGAAAUACUGACUAACUCUUUAUCAAAUGUUUUUUGUUUAAUUUUUUUUUUAAUGACUCCACUGUUAACUCUUUUGUCCAGUCCUUGCCUCUUGGUACAAUGAAUUAGUCACUGGAGAAGGAGGCUAGAUGCUGUGCUCAUCGGCGCAAGAGUGCAUUGCUGUCUGUCUGGUAGAUUGGGUUUGUAAUCUUUUUGAGGGUUACUCGCUCCUCAUUCUCAGCUGAUGAACUAAUGAAAUUGAGCAGGAAUGCAUAGAAAGAAAGUUUUGAUACUGUCUUUGGUAUUUCAAACUGAAUUCUUAAGUAAGCAGCUGUGAAUCUAGUGAGGUUUUUGGCUUGUAAAUCUAGUAAAGCAUGCAUGAGGUGUUACAAACCCAUAACAGGAACUGAUUGUUAAUGUAGUAGUUUAACCUAGCUGGUAACCUGAAUAUUUCAAACUUCAAAACAUACAGCAGUUGGCAUGACAGCAAGAAUAAUUUUAACCAGUUUUAGGUUUUGCUUAACCACAGUUGAGAUGAGUUCCACCAUUGUUUUCCAUCCCGAGGCACUAAAAUUAGAUUGAGAACAAGGUGCACUUUUAAAUGUGUCACAUAACUUUUUGUUAAAUGAAGGUUAGGUUUCUAUGAGAUUACUAAACCCCUGUCAGUAGCCAAGUUAUUUGCAAGAUCUGUAUUUAUUGGAAGUAAACCUUUGAGAACUGGAAAGAAGAUAGAAUUACAUUUGCUUUUAAUUUGCCUCUUGUUCUAAUAAGCAUCAGACAUGAGUUGCUUGACAGUCUGUCAGAGGGGAUCUGGCUAAUAAGUUUCAUAAUCUCUCCUGGUGCUGACAGCUUUGUGGGAGGACUUGGCAGUAAGUCUGCAUCCUCCUCCACUUACAUUUGGUGUCCCUUAACAGUCUUUUCACCAAAGGACCCCAACCUUCUGCCAAGCACAUAUCUUCUCUAUACCUGCCUCAAGCCUACACUCAAGUCGGCAUAAAACAUUACCACCAUUUUAUCUUACAAAUUAACUUAUCUUGAUGGUACAUUUCUGAUUGCCUUUUAUUUUGAGAUGACAGAAAUUCCUCAUACUGACACCUAGCUUCUCAAAUGGAUGCUGCUUUUUGUGAUUUCAUCCUUUGAUCGACCUCUCUCCAUAAAACUCAAGCAUACGUCUAUCUUUGUUUGAAGUAGCCCAUCUUUUUAUUGCCGUAUUAACUGCACUAAUUCACCAGUUGACAUAUGCCAACUAUCGUGACAGCUGACCCCCAAAAUGUGCAGCAUCGUUCAGCUCCCAGCUUAGGUGUGACCAUUCCAAAGCCCCCACCCCUAUUCAUGUUGCUGCCUGUUGCAGAUCUUUCCCAGCACUGGAACCAUCUCUUUGCUGUAACCACCACUGCAUUCUUUCCAUGUUUGAGUGUCCUAUCUUCCAAAAUUUCCUGAAGAAAUUAAGAUUCUGGAGCUGCAGUAAGAAAGAAAAAAACUGCUCAAGCAUGUUGCCUGUUUAAAUAUACUUUUAUACUGUCUGAUUUCCACCACCCUAGCCUUUUAAUGUUCUGUGAUGUCCCCUCUCAGUGUGCAAAAGAUGCUCUCCCUGUUUGAAAUGAAGUAGGUUUUAUUCUUUAGUAUCAAAUCCAUACUGACCCACUGCCUUCCAUAACACUGCCCAUACCUGAAAUUUUGUAAAUGGGAUGCGCUGUUGGUGACCAAAGAAAUGGCCUUUCCUUAAGCCUGUUAGGGUUUGGUAAUCCUGUAGUCUGCACGCUGUAUUCCGCUAUGCACCCACCAUUGUCUGCAGUACGCACAUUGAAACCUUUCUUCUUGAUUUGUCUUAGACCUACCCACCAAAAUGCAAACUUCAUCUUCUGAAGUCAUGACAGUUAUGCACAGAACUUUCCCUUUGGCUGUGCCAUCUCAAGACUAUUUGAAAGUUCUGCAAAAGACUAUUACAAAACAGGCUGUGAGCAAGUGCACCAUGUAUUUGUCUUGUUAUAGCUUUGUAUAUCCCAUGAUGGCUGCAGUACUGCUGAGCUGAUCAGCUACCUUUUUAUAUGGGGUUCGAGCACUUCCUUGCCCAGACCUUCAGCAUGAUUUUUAUUUUAAAUGCCUUUGUUACUUCUGCCAAUUGUACAGUUUCAUAUAAUCAGCUUAUGGGUGCUGUAUGUGCUGCAGCUUUUCCAUGACCAUGUCCUGCAUCUAACAUAGUAAGAAUGUUUGCCUUAAAUUAUUUGACUGGUAUAGACCAUUCCAACUCUGUCUUUUUUGUGAAAAUGAAAUACUUUUUAGGCCUCUUAUGCAUGCUGCCCCUGUUCCCAUACCAAGCCAUUCUCUUAGGUCCACAAAGUCUGUAAAUGAACUGGUACAGGCUGUGGAAGUAGUGCCACUUCUGGUGCUAGACUGCUGAGCCAGGUCCACUGUGAACUAGAAAGGUAAUCGUCUAGUCGGUUAUCUAAACCUUUCCCAUGGUGCACUCUGACUGUUGCAUUCCAUUAAAGUCCAAACAGUGUCAUAUGCUUCAUUAGUUUGCCCAUUCCUCCCUUUUCCUCCCAGUUUACUUUAUAAAUUUUACCUCAUAUUGUCGGACUGUCCUGUUUGUCAUUUGCUAUCCCCAGAGCUCUAAACUGAUCAGUACUGUGAAGAACUCCAGUUCCAGUAAUCCUACAUGUUUCUUAACAUGCAUCUCCUUGAUCAUGUGAAGCUGAACCAGUUUCUUCUGAAAGAACCUCAAAGUCCCUUCUACCUCUAUAUUUAUGCCUGUUCUUCGAAGGUGUUGAUAUAGAGUCCAUGCUCGCAUUUUGCCAUAAUUCUAGUGCAUUAAAUUUUUGAAUAAAUUUCAACUGCACCUACAGGUCUUGCUUCAUGUCCAUUGUACUCCUGUUUUUGUGGUAUGGCUUCAUGCAUACUGCCCCUUAUGCUUUCAGUCUCCACAUAAAUGAUCCAAGUACCAGGAUCACCCUGUAAGUGAAAUUUACCAAGCCUGUCAGUUUUUUGCAGCUGCUUUAAUUUGAUAUUUUCUGUUUCCAGAAGGUGUCUUAAUGCUCUGCGCAGUUUCUGAGCAUUUUCAUCCACAAAGCAGCACAACACAGCAGCCUUUUCUGUCUUUUUCUCUCAUCAGAAAUGUGACUCUGGUGGACAGACCUUAGGCCUUUUCUGCUGCCAAGGAUAUUCCCAGCUCCUUGUAUAGUCCUGUCAAUGGCUGUAACUGCCUUUUAACAUUUUUAGUUUUCUUCUCCGACAGUAAAUAAAUUGUGUACAGAGUGGGCAGUACUAACUUUUCGCACCUGCUGUGCUGUUGUCCAAUGCAAAAACAAGUUGUGCAGGCUACAGGAGAGCCCUAAGGCAUACACUUGUUCGUGUGAUUUGUCCACAGUUUAUAUGUUCAUCAACACUUGUUUAGACAGUUGCCAGUGUACAAAGAUAAAGACCACGCACACAAAGCUUGAGACGGACUUUAACUGAGUGCUUAGGCUUCCCCCUUAGAUUUAGGACAUAGAGUCAAACUGUAUGCAAAGCAUCUGCCUGUUCCUCUAGUUUGCACUGUUUGGCCCCAGUAGCCCAGCCACUGUGAUUCUUUCUUCACAUUGACACUAGUUAUGUUGCUGGAAAACCAUAGUCAGUGUUGCUGGUCUUUCUUCACUCAGUCCAGUGGAGCGGUCCCAGAUAUAACUAGGCCAGUAGGGCCUCAGGACAGGCCCCUUACCUCUUAACUGUCCAGAUUUACGUCUCUUUUUUUGGUCUCUUUCUCAUAAAGUUGUGGUUUUCUAACAAAUUUCUGGCAAACCUUUGAGGACUGAAGUCAGUAAAUAAUGG